AAAAGUUUAACGUGCAAUUUUUCGUUGCAAUUUAACUUGAAAUUUGUGUUAUAAACUUUUCGAAGAAGGAUUAAAAAAUAUGGAAAUCAUGGGCACUUAUCACUAUCUCAUGGACGAAAUUUCGGAUCCUAGAGUUUCUGAUUGGCUAUUUAUGUCAAAUCCAUUUAGUGUAAUACUAAUUUUGUUCACUUAUUUAUUUUUUGUACUUUACUUUGGACCACGUUACAUGAAGGACAAAAAACCUUAUACGCUCAAAAAGAUUAUGAUUUGUUACAAUAUUUCUAUUACAAUUGCAAAUGUUAUUGUAUUUUAUGGUACACUAACAUCAGGUUAUACGACGCAUCUUUCCAUGGGAUGUGAGCCUUUUAUAAUUUCAAAUGAUCCUAUAUCACUUAGUAUGGCUCGAUGGGUAUGGUGGUAUUUUACUCUGAAAAUCAUCGAGCUUGCGGAUACUGUGAUUUUUAUCCUCAGAAAAAAAUAUAAUCAAAUAUCGUUUCUUCACGUAUAUCAUCAUACAAUAACUGUCAUUACGACUUGGAUUAUUUGUAAAUAUGUACCUGGUGGUAUGUGGACUUUUGUAAUGUUGCCCAAUUGCGCAGUGCACGUAAUCAUGUACAUGUAUUAUUUCUGUGCUUGUUUGGGGCCCGAAAUGCAGAAGGUAGUCAUUCCCUGGAAAAAAUCUAUGACAAGUUUGCAAUUGAUUCAAUUUGCUAUCAUGGUGACCCAUAUGUUUCAAACGCUUCUACCAUCCUGCGAACCACGCGGAACCAUUAGCAUACUUUAUCAUGUCUCAACUUUGCUUCGCGUUUUAUUUGUUCUUAGACUAUUAUAGGAAGUCGUACUUGAGAAAAAAAAUUGAGUAAACGAGUAAUAUCUUAUGAUGACGUUCUAGUUAAUCAAAAGUUGAUUCCUGUUUGUAUGGAU